AUGGCACAGCUCAGGGAGGCAAAAGAAGGCAUACAGAGUGACGGUCUUGCGGAACAAACAGUCCAGGAUGCAUUUUACCAUCCAGACCUACAUGGUGCCGACAACAGCUGGGGUCAACUCGAGUACGCCAUGAAGACUGCUCUGGACGACUUAAUUGAUGGCCCAGGCGCAGCGCUAUGGCAAGCGUUUUGCGACGAGGGCUGCGGCGAGAUGGCGUCAAACGCUUUUGAAUGGGCAACAGGCAUGAUGAUGAAAGCCUUGGAGGAGGAGACUGGCGUCUCAGCUUCCCGAAACGGGCCAAACAUCAACGAUGUCGGAAACGGCGUACCAAGACCUCCAGCGGAACCGAGCUACGCAAAAAAGGUCGCCGGUACUGGCUAUGAUAGCCCUUCAAGUGAGGAAGUCAAAGUCGCGCCAUCAAUCGACCUCAAAGAUGGCGAUAAAGCGCUUGAGUUCCUGCGCAGCAAUACUGCCGAGGGCGAAGUCGGGGCAGUCGACGAGAAGUCCUUGGUCAGGAAGAUCGAUUGGAUGAUAAUGCCUUUGAUGUGGGCAUGUUACUUUCUACAGUACCUGGACAAGACACUGAUCAAUUACGCAAACGUGAUGGGCCUCAGCAAGGACAAUAAUCUCACUACUUCGCAGUUCAGCAACCUGGCCAUGUUCUUCUACGUCUCUUACCUGGUAUGCGAGUUGCCCCACGGUUGGCUCAUGCAGCGUUUCCCGACCGCGAAAUAUUUGGGUUUCUGCGUUAUCAUGUGGGGCGCCAUGGUCGCCGUCACGUCCGCAUGCAACAACUACGGCAGUCUCGUCGCCACCCGCUUACUGCUCGGUGCUUUUGAAGCGGCUGUCGCACCUUCACUGAUGCUUGUCACGGGUAUGUGGCCUAGGAAUCAUGAUCGGCGCCUCAUCAGUUUUGGUUUCCAGCAUGUCCAGACAGACGCCUUCAAAAGCUGGCAAAUCAUGUUCCUGGUCAUUGGUCUCCUCACGAUCUGUGUCGGCAUUCUAGUUGUGCUCUUCUUGCCCGACAAUCCGAUGUCCAGCAGACUGACGCCCGCUGAGAAGCUUGUUGCUAUCACACGUCUGCGAGAGAACCAGAUGGGUAUCGAAAACAAGGUCUUCAAGAAGGAACAAGCUAUCGAGUGCUUCAAGGACCCGCAGACCUGGCUCUUCAUCAUCAUUACUAUUGCCAGCAAUGUACCCAACGGCGCUGUAAGCAGCUACCAGGCUACGAUCAUCCGCGGCUUCGGCUUCACACCCAAGGAGACAGCCUUGCUAUCGCUGCCAUCUGGUUUCGUUGGCGUUGUGGCCGUCCUUGCAGCAUGUUUCGCUGCCUCGCGUCUCGACCAACGUGCCUAUGCCAUUGUCGGCCUCAUGAUCCCUAGCAUUCUUGGCGCUUGUCUUAUGAGCUUUCUGCCUGUGGACAACCGCGCAGGCCGUCUCGUUGGGGUGUACCUCAUCAACUCUACCCUGGCCGUCUUGACGCUGUUGUACAGCUGGGUGGGUGCGAACUACUCCGGCCAUACCAAGAAGGUCACAAUGAACGCGGUGUUGCUUAUGAGCUUCUGUCUGGGGAACAUCUUGGGUCCUCUGACAUUCCAGAACGGUGACGCUCCAGAUUUCAUCCCGGCCAAGAUCGCGAUCAUCGUUACGUGCGCUCUGACGGUGGUACUGGCGCUGGCACUGCGCUUCUACUACGUCAAGUUGAACAAGAAGAGGCAGCGCCUGGUAGAUCGCGGAGAGGUGAUCGUCAAUGAAGAUGCUUGGUUGAUGGAUAUGACUGAUAAGCAGAAUGUCGGGUUCCGUUACCGAGUAUGA